AUGCGACAAGACUUGCUGAGUGAGCUCGAGCAUUGUGCAGCAGUGCUCUCCGGAUUCCUUUCAGCACGGCCAGAUCCUUCGCAGGAUCGCUCCUGGCUGCAGCAUCUUUUGGAGGGCGUCAUGACUCGCCGCGGUGAACGGGGCCCGUUUCGGGCGCGGAAGGAAUCCUUCGUGGUGGUGGCAGAGCCUUGGCAGAGCUCGUGCAAGGAGCACUUGAAGCUCAUCAAAGCCCUCUUUGCCAACGCCAAUUCUGAGGGAAAUCAGGGCACGGAGCUCUUGUUGUGGUCAGUGCGUGAGAUUAUGCAAGGAGAACUCGUACUUCAAGGCGCUGGACGAGAGCGGGUGCUGCUGUCGUCCAGCAGCCUUCGGGAGUAUUCCACGAGGAGCUACAUGAGCCUGGAGGGAUUUCGCCAACAAGGAUCACAGGAGGCUAUUCGAGAGUUAGAAAGCUUCCUCGAGAAAGUGAGGGAUAUCCGGGCGAACGAUGUGGGGCUGUGUGCUACUGCGGCACAACUUCGUGAGUCUGGUCAUCCCAGGUUUCAGAAGGAUGUGAGGAUUCCAAUGUCCAAGGACUUGUCCGUGGAGGCAAAGGCUCAGCUUGAGUGUCUCAAAUCUUGGAGGGAUGAGAUUUUGGCCACCCUGGAAGCCGCUCCGCUGCUGGGUUUGGUGCCACGUGGACAGCUUCAUGCGUGGUUGGCUUCGCUUCAGGAGACAGGAAUGACUGAAGAGAUGGUCCACUUGCUGGAGGAAGGCUUGAGUGUCUGGGUGGAUUUCAACGAGGAGCCCUGGAGCUUCGAAGAACGCGUCUGGCACCACAUCGAAUUCCACCGGCCGCUGGGCGGCAGCCAAGGCCUGGCGGCCUUGCGGAGCUGCUGCGAGCCGCUGCGCUGUGGAAGUGGCGGCAACGGCGGUGCAGGGCGUGGCUUCUUGGUGCAAGUGGACAGCGAUGAACGCGUGCUGCAGACGGUUCUGCAACUCUUUUUGGUUCAUCCAGCAGGGCCGAAGCGACUGCCGCGACCAUCGGAAGUGCUGUUUUGCGAUGACAAAGUGCCAUUGGCCGAAGUGCAGGCAUUCCUUUGGAGAUCUCAACAUUUUCCUCAGCUGCUCUUUGUCUUGGUGGAGCCCAGCCGUUUGCCUUUGGAGGGCAAAAAAGAGGUUGCCAACUGGCUGGCUGCGGAAGAGCGUAACUCCUCCGUGGGCGUGAUUUCGACCGCGUCGUGGUAUACGCCUCCCUCUGCUCAGGUACAUCCUUUGCAGGUGCGCAGCAAUCCGCAGAUCAUGAGCGAAUGGAAGAGGCACUUUGAUGCGAAGGUCUUCAGUUAUACCACGGAACCUUCCUCGGGCAAGAGCAGCUACAUCCGCCGGGCCUGCGAGGGAUGCGAGACAGUGAGGUGCUUGUUGCAUGAAGGUUUUGACCUGGCAGAUCUUGUCCUCCAGUCUCGCAAGCAGAUUGCUGAACGGGAGGAACGCAAUCUGGCCAUACAUUUGGAGGUCAAUGCCUAUAGCGACCCUGUGUUGACCAACACCUUCUUGAGACAUGUGUUUCUCUGCCAAGUCCUCUACGAUCCGCUGUCUGGACAGAUGGUUCCCAUUCCCUCUGGCACCGAGAUCCACGUGGAGAUAGGUGCAGUGGUUGGCAAGAGAGACCUUCACAGCAUGAGGAGAUAUGCCACGGAGGAGCUCAUGCGGUCCCUCUUUCCCAACGCUUCGGAGCUGAAGCUGUCGUUGUUGUAUCCCGUGCUGAAGCUGGCGGCUGUGGACCGAUCGCAGCAGGUGAGAGAAUCUGAGCUGCUAGACAGUGAGGAGCAUUAUUCCUUGAGCCUUGGGAGGGCCGCAGGUCAAGUCCACUUAGAUGUGGCCUGCGACAUGUGCAAUGCGUGUCCGAUCCGCGGGCCUUGCUACAGAUGUGUCGAUUGCCCUGAUUUUGACUUGUGUGCCAGGUGCCGUCCCCUUGCUGUGGAGCAGCACGAUCCCACGCAUGUGUUUCAGUUGCGGCGACGCAUAGCCCUACCAUUCCGGGUGCUCAAUGCCUUUUUGCAGCGCUUGGAACCGUUUGAGGUUCACCGGUGUCUGCUGGACAUCAGGGAGGAUGACUUGGAAACUCUUCACCUCCUCGAGCAGGAAGGUACUCUUCAUCUGCCCCCAGCACUUCAACCCUUCCUGCGGGCCUAUGCAGCGCACGUGGCGCGUCGACUGCCUGGCGCAGUGCACGAUAGCUUCAAUCUCCAAGUGGAACACUUCGCCAGUCCAGACAGUUCGUUGUCGGAGAACGGUUCUUUGGCCGUCUUGCUUGCGUUUGCCCUCGAUCGCUGCCAGCUGCCAGUUGAGCUGGCAAGUUCAAGAGCACAUCAGAAUUUGAUGGUGCGACGUGUUGGAAUUUUGGCCGACUGGAUGGCCAAAUCACAUACCUUCACUGAUGCAAGCGGCGGUGCGGCCAAGCGCUUGGGUUCCCUCCUCAUGGAAUGCAUUGUGGUGGGCCUGCAGAAGCUCGUUCAGGGUGAAGAGGUAUGUCUACAUCUGGUGGUGCCCUAUGCCCGAAAAACUGAACAGGAGGACUUCUUGAUCUUUGUGCCCAGAGUCUUGAUCCCAGAUCUCUACUCCGUGGAUCCCUUGGCUACGGCGGUGCAUGAUGAAAUCCAAGGGAUUGAUGCGCUGUCCUGCGCCUUUGGACUGCGCCCGGAGAAAGUUGAAACCAUCCUCGCCGAGGAGUCCGGUGGAGUCCGGUGGAGUCAUGGCGAGGGAUACAUCCUGACGCGUGACUUCACGUCCAAAAUUCUGGAGCUGUUGGCCCGCAGAAAGUCACGGGUGCCCACCAUUCUGGUUGGAGAAAGUGGCACGGGAAAGACCCGAGCGCUAGAACUGAUGAUGCGAUUGCUGGUUGAGAGCGAGGAAGUUCGACCAUCAUUGGUUCAGUCCUUGUUCGACUACAUGAAGCAGAAACUGCGCGAUGCCAAGGACGCAGACAUGGUCCCAUAA